AUGGGGGAUACGGGGAGCAGCUCCAUUCUGGUGCACAUUCUGGUGAUCGCCCUCUGCCUGACCGCCUUUGGCUUCGCCAUCGCCGCCGAGCGCCGCCGCAGCACGGUACUAACAUUUCCGCAAGUUGCCUUUUUCUCUUUGCCUACCGCAUCCAUAAACAAGCAUUCCCCCACAACACACACCCUGCAUCCUGAAGACGCGCAGAGAUCUGUUGUUGAAUUUUAA